GUCAAAGUACUUUUGGUUAUGUGGUUCUCUGCUGUGUGGUCUGACCGAGUACUAUUAAAUACUGUUUUCGAGUAUUUCCAUUGUGAUGUCAGGAAUUGACAAUAUUGGCCUGCGUUAUGUGUUUGCAGGCACAGCCUGUAUGACAGCUUCUUUCGCCACUAAUCCAAUUGAUGUUACAAAGAUCCGGAUGCAACUAGAUGGAGAACUCGCAAAGCAGCGUGGUCAGGUAAAAACAACCCUUCAAAAUCGCUACUAUAAGGGAAUUUUUCGUGGUGCGAUAAGAAUUGCGCAAGAUGAGGGAAUUUUAGCAUUAUAUAAGGGAUUAACACCCGCACUGAUCAGAGAAGCAGUUUACAGUACAAUACGCAUUGGCUCGUAUGAGCCAAUUAAAGUGUUUUUCGGGGCCACAGAUCCAUCAAAGACUCCACUAUAUAAGAAGAUUUGUGCUGGCGGAACUGCAGGGGCAAUUGGAAGUAGUAUCGCCACACCGACUGAUCUAAUCCGCGUUCGUUUACAAGCCCAAGGAAGGCCUGGUUUCGAUACGACCUACUCUGGCUUCACGGAUGCAGUCACAAGUAUAGUGAAGAAAGAAGGCCUACGUGGACUGUACCGUGGAAUGUCACCCACCGUGCAGCGAGCAAUUGUGUUGACAGCUGCUCAGACCUCGUGCUAUGAUCACACUAAACACUCAAUAUUAAAUGCGGGUCUUAUGACUGAAGGGGGCGCUCUUCAUAUAUUAUCUUCCAUGAUUGCAGGACUCAUGGCCGCUGCCGCUUCAUCUCCAGUUGAUGUUAUUAAAACUAGAAUUAUGAAUCAAAAAAUUGAUGGUGUUCCAAAGGAUCAGAUUAUGUAUAAAAACACGCUCGAUUGUCUACUGAAGACACUAAGAAGCGAGGGCAUGUUUGGUCUCUACAAAGGAUUCAUUCCAAACUGGCUACGAAUCGGUCCGCACACUAUCAUUAGCUUUUUCUUAUUUGAACAAUUCAGGCAUAUGGCUGGGAUAAAACCAAUUUAAUGUGCAAUAUAUUUUUUCAAGGGAAAUUUAUGAAGUCAUUUUAUAUAUCGCUGUUGAAUCAAUACUGUAGACAAUUUCAAUUUGAAAAUCAAGAAGAAAUUAAAUUUCUAGCAAUAUCAGUAAACAUUGAUAAAGUAGCACAAUGUAAUAUGAUAUUAUACAUUUAUAAAAAAAAAGGAUUCUAAAUGGAAUUUUUAAGUGUUGAGGGAAUUGUGAAGCUUGUAUUCCAUAGUUGUAUGGCUAAAUUAUUUAUGUAAAUUAAAAUAUCUAUAAUCUCCUUCUUAAUCCGACAAACUAAAAAUCAUGAUUACAAACAUUAAGAUACAAAUUAUAAUCCUCAGAAAUAGAUAUAUAGUAAAUAUUAUACAUUGUUUAUAUAUUUUCUAUAUUCAUAUACCGGUACAGGUAUAUAUAUUUAUAAAUUUAAGCAAGUUGUGUUAUCAGUUAACAUGUGCAAUUUUCAUUCAUUGCAGUUUAUUUUAUAAAAAAUACCACUACCUCAUUUUCAUACCUGGAAUACCAAUUUUAUGUAAUGUUGUUUGUCUACUUGAAGAUUUUCAAACUUUCAAAAAAAUAUGUUAUCCUUUAAAUAUUUUCAUCAGUUUUAAUAGUUCCUAAAUUAAGGUUCUAAAACAGCAUAAUGUAUUCAGCUAUAGAAAAAUCCAAUUAGAAAAGGGCACUCUCUCUUGGGUCCCCUCGAGGGCAUUUCUUGUUUAUGUUUCAGUGGUGCAAAGUAUUCAGAGUAGAUUAUGAUGAAAAUAAAAUAAUGAAUUGGAUUGGAUCAAAAAAAUGUCAUCACCUCAGUAAUGGACAUUUAAAUAAUAUGUUGCAUGUGUCUAUGUUCCUGGUAGUUAAACUGAUGAUUUACGUGGUUUUUUUUUUUUUUUUUUCUUCUUGGGUGGUGAUAUAUAUAUAUUUUUAAAAUAAAUAAUGGUAUUCUUUUAUAUCACUAAAGUUCAUAACAUGAAUUAUUGGUUUUCUCUAAAAUUAUUUAGCCUAUGUUAUACAUGUACAGUACUUUUGUCUAUGAAUAUAAAUCCUGAAAUGUAAACCUGGGCGCUCGCUGUCGUACGACGGCCGUAAGACCUUCAAACAACGAAUCAAACUCCCCUUCCUGUGAGCGCAGGAUAAUGCGACACCGUUUGCCGACUGUCAGCAGCAGUCUGAAUGGAUCGUCAUUGAAAACGAUCUGUUGCUCGCGCGUCAUGGCGUUGCGUUCUCCAUAGAAUCGCGUCAGGUGAUGACCAUCUGGUACGGUGAGUGCUGAGAGAUUGAAAUAAAUGAGCACAUAAAAUGCAACAUUAA